AUGGCUCCGGCCCGGCCCCGGCCUCGGCCUCUACCCCGGCCCGGCCCCGUGAUCCGAUCACGGCCCCCGGCCCCAGCCGCUGAAUGCAGGUCUGACCCCGGCCUCGCCCCGGGCGCUGCCGACAGAGCGCGCCAGCGGCUCCGCUCGGACCCCCGAGCUCCGGUCCCAAGAAGCCCCGAACUCUUCCCUGCGGAAACCCAGCACCGUCACUCAACCGGAAGUUGCGGCCGGGAAGAGCGAGGGGGCGGGACCAAAGAGAGGGGCGGAGCCGGAAGAGAAGGGCGGGAGACAGCGCACCCCGAGAAAAGAGGUCGGAGUAGGCCCGAAGCAAGUCCGUCAGUGCGUACGAGGAACGGCAGUCUUGGCACAGCCACGGCAGAGCUGGGGCAGAGGACUUCGACUGAGCUCGCCAGGAAAGGAGGGAGGGAACAGGACACCCUCUACAAGGGGCCCAGAAGGCUGUUCCCGUUUUGGAGAAGCCUCCGGUGCUCAGGAGGUGCCUGUUUCAGGUAUCAGGAGGAGCUGCCAGCUUCUAUAAGAGAGAGAAAGGAGAAAUACCUAACUCGAGGUGAAUUGCUGAAGCUGAUGGAAUGGAAGCUGGUGAGGGGCAGAUUCAGACCACGACUGCAGCAUUUGGUGGCCACUAACCCAGAGGAACUGGUAAAGCAGUGCACAGCAGCAGCCUUCUCUCUACUGCCCAAUGUGGAAGCUGCCAUCACAGAGCUGAGCCAGCUUAAGGCCGUGGGACCAGCCACUGCCUCUGCAAUUCUGGCAGCAGGUGCCCCAGAGACAAUAGCAUUCAUGGCAGAUGAGGCAGUAGCUGCUGUCCCUGACCUCCCCGUGCUCCAGUAUACUCUCAAACACUAUAUCCUAUAUUUGGACAAGAUCCGGGCCUGUGCUAAGAGACUAAACCAAGUUGAUGCUUCAUCAGAAUGGACUCCUCACCAGAUAGAAAUGUGCCUCUGGACCUGGAAUGUGGCCCAAAAACUGUGUCCCACAGUCCUGCCUCCCUUUUCUUGGAAAGCCCCCAAAGCCAGGGAAGGUGCUGAAGAUGUUAGACCAUCCAAGAAACGAAAAGCUAGUAUUCACUGAUCCUCGUUGUCUGUAUACACUCCACCCAAGAGAAAUACAUCAAGUCACAGUAACCUGCAGCCAGACUCCUGUCCUCUACUUGUGUCCAUCAAGGGCUCAGGGCAGAGGGUAGCCACUGUCAUCCAUUAAAAUUGCCUUCCAUCCCAA